UUGUGGUUUAUUUCAGUGAAGUUACCUCAAAUAUUGAAGAUUAUCAAAGGAAAGAGUGGCGAGGGUAUAAGCUUCUUUGGUCAGCUGUUUGAGCUUAUAGGUAUCUCAGCUAAUGCAUCUUAUGGCUUCCAACAUGCAUUCCCAUUCAGUUCCUAUGGUGAAGGUAUAUUUCUUGGUCUACAGACCAGUGCUGUCUUGUUUCUUGUCCUGUUUUAUGCUGGCAACAUACUGGGAUCAUUCCUAUUUAUAGCUGUAUAUGGAGGCAUCAUGGCUUACCUGUUGUCACCAAUGGUUCCUAUGAAGCUCCUAGCUGCCAUACAGACAGUUAAUAUUGCUGUUGUUAUGGCAGGCAAGCUUCUACAAGCAUUGGCCAAUUACAGAAACAGCAGUACAGGUCAGCUGUCUGUUAUCACUGUAGGUCUUAUAUUCGGGGGUUCCAUUGCUCGAAUUUUCACCUCCUUACAAGAAACUGGGGACCAGCUGGUUGUGAUCACGUACAUUUGUGCAGCAUCUUGCAAUGCGGUGUUAGUCGGCCAGAUGAUAUACUACUGGAACAAGAAGAAACAGGAUUAAUGAUAAACAUUGUUAGUAGAAUCAUUUAAAUUUAUGUUCAUGAUAUGAAAUAGAGGCCAACAAAUUCUUAGUAACUUUAUAUUUAUUAACAUCAUGUGACUAUACACAGAUAGAGUGAGGAUUAUUAAAGGUAGGGAAGGGACAUGAUUGGAUGUCUUCCUUCUUUCCAACAUUUUCUAAGUAAGAACACUUUCAUUAGUUGCAUUGUUACUGUCUAUUACUCAGAUAUUAAUUAAUGUGAAAUUUAUAACAAAUGCAAAGUUAACAUCAAACAGAUGAUUUUAGUAUUUGAGAAAGCUACUGGCAUGCAAUAUUUUGUUACAAUUUUAUAAGUAAAUUCUGUAAAAAGAUCCUUUGGAAGCAAAGAAUACAACCAAGAAGAAUAACAGCAGACUCGGUUUGAUUGAGUCUGUUCAUGAAACCUAUUGUCAUAAAUUGAGUAUUAAUUAGGUUGCUACCAUUUACCAGUAGAUUCCUUUAUGUAGUAAGCUUACAGGUGGAAAUUAUACUGAAAAGUUACUGAAAGAUUACAUUUUCAAAAAUGUUUUUAAAAUUUUGAUUUUAUUCUAUAUAUCUGUUUGCUGUAGUCACAUAUUAAAUAUUAUUCUGUGGUACUCUUCAGUGCAGAAAUGCUAUUCAAUAUAAUGCCUGAAGUCUUUGUGAUUUCUCAAAAGAGAUGAAAAAUUGUUAAUUAUGCUACAACAAAGUAUGGAUUGAUAAUAUGCAUUAAUUGAAAUUUAAUGUGGAUUCCAACAUAUAGUCAAGAAUUAUUAAUAUGGGAGUAAUUCUAUUUCAAAUCUUCUCUUUUCUAACACGAAAUAUUCAUAUUCACUAUAUGUUUUAUAUACACAUUUAUUUUUGUAUAAACAAUAUUGGUGCAAUAUCAUGACAGGCACUUUCCAUGAGACUGCAUGCAUAACUUGACGUCAUUCAAAAAAAUCAAAAUCAAAAUGUUUUCUUUUGAAAAAAAAAUCAGACACCAGAACUUCAAAAUGAACACUGAAUUAUAGCAUCGACAGUUUUGAUCUCUAAUUGCAUUAUGAAUAUUUUAGAUAGAAACAAGAACUGUAUUGAAAGGCGAAUUACAGUUGGGCAUGUCGUUUUAAGUCUUUUAAGAUGUUGAAAAGAUCGAUAGCUUGUUAUUUAUUUUGAUUUUCUGAUACAGAAGGAAAACAACUUAAGUUUGCAGCAGGCAGCUGUAAAGAUGUAAACAUAAGGAUUGACUGUUACUUUUGUGUGCUUGGACAGGUAUAAACCACAUUGUAACUUCUUUUAAGUCAUACCAGAGUUGUUAGCCUAAUUGAUUUGCAAGAAGUCCCAUUGCGAUUUAUAUACAUUUAAAUGAAUAAAAGAUAAGUAAAUUGUUGAAGAGAUGUGCGGUUGAUCAGAUACAUUAAAAUCUUAGCAUUGCUAUUACUACUUAACAUUAGUCAAACUUCUUUCGCUCGAACUUGGAUACUUCAAACAUCACCCUUUGUUCGAAUCAUUGUCAUUUCCCACUGAAAUCCCUGUGUUUUAUAUUGUUUCUGCGGCUCAAACUACUGAUAACUCAAAAAAGGACAGUCCCAUACAGUUCGAGCGAACAAAGUUAGCUUGUACUUGUUUGAAGAUGAUCUCUUAUGUACAUGCUGAGCUAUUUGUACAGUGCAUCUAUUGACAGACAAAAGUCUGUGACUUGAAUAUUUUUACUGUAGAUCUGUAGAUUGCACUAAAUACCUAUAGUUUAGGUCCAGAGGCAUAAUUUGUAUUUAUUCAAACAGCGACACAUUUAGCUUAGUAAUUAUAUAUUCACCUUGAAAAAUACUGUGUGUGUUAUUGUAAAACAUUAUUGUACUAUGGGCACAAUGUGUUUAAAAUGUCCUCAGAUUUUCUAGUCCCUUAGAUAUAAUGGGUCUUUACUUAACUAGUAGCAUAGAAUUCUAAAUACUGUUUUGUCCACUUAUAAGUAAUUUUUAGUCACAUUUUUAUUUUUAACAAUGCAAACAAAAGGCAGUACAUUAGAAGAAUCACAGAUUUGUUGCUCAGUAUUUUAUUGUUAUGUUGAUUGAAAUUGAAUUAUAUUUAUUCAAUACAA